UACGACUUUCGUGUACUUUAAAUGUGCAGUGCAAUCGAAUACUUAACUUAAAAAUAACUUGAUCCUAAAAUAACAUUGAACCCGAAAAGGAAAAGUUGUAGCCGCUUCACCCUAUGCUAAGCUAGAUUUCGUGUUUGUGAUUUGUGGGUAGUUCGAGAUUUCAAAAGUCAAGAUGUGGUGGAUCCUGCGUCGUGCAAGGCUGACGGGCGCCGCUCUCUUCAGCCAGUCCUCCAGCACCACCAACAACAAUAACACCAAUAAAACAGAAUCCCGACCGCUGAGGAAGAAUUAUAAUCAACUGUCGUCCAACGAAAAGUUAGACAAUCGACAAAUUGAGAAUAUUCACAUUGAAGAAGCUGCAGUAGACUCAGAUGCGAGCAGCACAGAUUUGGAAGAGCGCGAUAUGCGUGGAGUAUGCCCACCUUGCGCACAUGACCGAUACAACAACAAUAUCCGCCGACACGACCACGACGAUUUCAGCGAUGACACAGAUUACGACGAAGCGCUAACGUGCAACGUGUGCGACCGCUCGUUCCCAACUCGCCGGCAGCUCAGUGACCACCAGCAGAAGAAGAGACAUUUUGGAUGCGUGGCAUGCGACAGCCUGUUCCCAUCGCUAAUGGCGCUCGAGCACCACAAGGAGGAGUUCCAGCACUGGAGCGACUCGUCCUGCUGCUCGCGCUCCGACUCCGAGGACUCGGACGAGUGCCACGAGGACCGCCAUCGGCUACUCUAAUGCCACCACCUCAUUAUUGCCGGGGACAACGCAUCCAAGCUCGGGACCUUCGUAUGAUUGCGAGG